AAACCUGCGUUGACAUGUAGAGCCGCAGACGUUGGUUUCCGUAGCUCCAAUGGGAAAAAGGAAAGACAUGAUUCAUCCCAGGUUUCUUGGCGAAGGCAGCUCCAGUCUGCACAGCAUCCACAAGCGGAAGCACAAAAAACACAAGAAGCACAAGAAGAAACACCACGGCUUUGUCGAGGCCCCGGAGCCCCAGCCCAUCCCUGUCCCCAUCCCGGUCCCCGUCCCUCGGCCGCCGUCUCAGUUCAGACUGAAGAUCAAACUGGGGGGCCAGACUCUGGGCACCAAGAGUGUUCCCACCUUCACCGUCCAUCCUGGCGUGGCUCGCCCUCCCUCACCGCUGAUGAUCCUCGAUAACGACGUGGACGAUGAAGACGAAGACGAUGAUGACGAUGAGCCCUCCGUACCUUUGGAGCAGUACAGAGCCUGGUUGGAUGAAGACAGUAACAUGGCUGCGUCCCCUCUGCCAGACAUGGACUCCGACUCCAUGCUGGGCAGGCCCGUGGACGAGGAGGAGCGGUGGCUGGAUGCUCUGGAGAAGGGCGAGCUCGAUGACAACGGAGAGUUGAAGAAAGAGAUUGACGAGUCCCUGCUCACCGCCAGACAGAAAGCCCUCCUGCACAAGCAGCAGAGCCAGCCUCUGCUGGAGCUGCCCAUGGGUUACAAGGAGAAGGAGAUGACGGCCGAGAUGAUGCAGAAACGGGAGGAGAGAGCCCGGAAGAGGCGUCUGCAGGCGGCCAAGAAGGCCGAGGAGAACAAGAACCAGACGAUCGAGAGACUGACAAAAACCAGCAAGGCCAAGAUCAAAAGCCUCAAAGAGAGGAAGUCCAAGCAGAACCAGUGUCCCAUGGUUCGCUACAGCGACUCGGCGCGGGGAAUCGCCAUCUCCUUCCCCGCGGGCGUUCCCACGCCGGUGCCGGCUCCUCCUCCGCCUCCGCCGGCGGCUCCGGUGAACUGUGGCGUGGCUGGGUGCACCAACUUCAAAAAGUACUCUUGUUCUAAGACCGGGGUUCCUCUCUGCAGCCUGGAGUGCUACAGGAAGAACCUGCAGCUUGCGCAGAGCGCGGCUUGAGCCAUUACGUUUGUUCUUCACAUCGGACACCCUGAUGUGAAUGGUAUAUUUUUGAACUUGAUGUCUUUUUGAGAAAUGAAUUCAUUUUCAGUGUGGCGUGACUUCUCAACAUGGUCUUUUUGUCUCUGUUACUGCGUUUGUUUGUUUUUUAAACCAUCAUACUUCAGUGCUGCAAAUGUUUGUACCAAAAUGUAACCAAAUAUUUAUGAUUUCUAUCAUCAUGACUACAGAGAGGAGGAGGAGGGUUUUUUUCUCCAGGUUCUGCCAAAUGUUGACGACAUUUUGGUUAUUGUUAAACAUAUUUUACACUCUGAAUUAUGUUUCAAAACUCAACGGAAUCAAGUAAAUUUAUCUUGAAACAAUCAAAGGUUGUGGCAUUUUAUUGUCAAAUAGUGUUUUAUUAUGUAACAAUUUCCCAUACAAAACUGUACAAAACUUUAAAUUAACAACACAUGUUUACUGCUUUGUAAAAAAAAAAAAAUCAUCAGUCUAGCUUUACUGGAUGGAGAUUCAUGCAGCAGCGUUUUUCUUUUUCACUGGUUUAGGGUUGUAAAGUUCACAGCACAAAACCGACAGGUCAGCUGGUCAAAGUGGAAAGGAGGUAUUCGUUCGUCGGGAAGCUCACUGUGCGUUCACGGUGAGAAAAAAAAAAAAAAAAA